GGUUUUAGAAUCAGAAGGAGAGAAUAGAGUGAAAGGGGAUAUGGAUUCUUUUUCGUCGCCGCCGCCGCAUAGUGGAGCAUCCUCCCAAUUCUCGACUAAUGACAUAAUGGACCAGGUCAAAACUCAGCUUGAACAGGCAUACGCCGAGCAAUUUCUCGAGACGGUGAGGGACAAAUGCUUUGACAAGUGUAUCACCAAACCAGGGAGCAGUCUAAGUGGAAGUGAAGGUAGUUGCAUCUCAAGGUGUGUUGAUCGGUAUAUCGAGGCCACUGGUAUAAUUAGCAAAGCUCUCUUCAGUCAACGCUGAAACUGUAGUUGGGUAGAUCUCAAGGCUUGCUUGCUCAGUAAAUGCUGGAAUGCAUUAAUUAAUCUUUGAUACCCUUUGUCAUUUUCCGUUUUAAAGAAGGUUCUCAAGUAUUUUGUAAAAGAUGUUCUUCAUUAAUACUUUGUUGUUGAUGGACAGCCAAAUUUUUUUUUUUAUCUAUAGCGUACUAUUAAGAUUUACAUGGGCAAUGUUGCACUUUGCCCUGGUGUUGUAUACGUGCUUUCAUGCAUAAGUUAUUUAGUAGGAUUGAGGAAACCAUAAGUG